AAAGGUCCGAAGUUGCAAUGAAGGCAUAUAGAUGGUUGUUUGUCACAUUUGUUAGGCAAGCCAUACAAAAAGACUGACACAUACAAACAUACCCACAGGAAGUCCCCCAAUUGCAGGCUGGCCCUCUCCAUAUGCUUAAACGGCGAUGGCUUUACUUUCGGGAGCGUCGAGAGUGACUAGGAGUGGCUGAUCCGAGUUAGGUACCUAGGCGUCUACCGUGUCUCUUUCGCCGUCGGCUGCCGCCUAGCAGGGAACAUGAGUGCCCCGCCGCAGUCGGGGAUUGCAAAGAAGCUGUACGCUGGCUUCACUCGCUAGCCGGUGGCGUGGCGCGCAUGGGUCUCGACAUUUUCCAGGUCGUAAUAUGCGAUGCGUCGGCCGGGCUGCUUAUGCCAGCUCAGUUGGUUGCCAGAUGCUGCGGCCCAGCUGGCCACAUGAUUGUGGUUAGCUUAGUCGAUGCCCGAAGGGCUCCCUGACGCCCAAUCCACUCUGCCCCUAGUUUCCAAUCUACUCGACUACCGAUUCCCGGCUCACUAAGUGGACGCUGCCAACCCCAAAGAGCCGCAGGCUUUUGAACUUCAUUUUUUUGAUGGGCCCCUCUCCCGUCCCGGAAUCACUUUCGAACCGAGGCAUUUAAACGUUGUAGGCCCGAGUUUUGCUUGGCUCGAUUCCGCUUUGAUGUUGUAGCCCUUUCUAUGACCCAAAACCCACGCAAGCAUUACCCUCAUCUUUACUGUGGCCCAAAAUGUACGUUUUCUCAUCGUGGGGGGCCUCUAAAGGCUCCGAGUAUCCUACAGGAGCACCCAGCGAAUCACACGGAAGGCUGCUCCCGAGGACCGAAGACGAGGCUCGCUGCCACAUCCAAGAAAUCCGAGACGAGAAGAUUAAGGGCUACCAGGGCGGGAUGGCCAAAGAUUUCAAGAACGCGCUCGACGUGAUAUCCAAUGAACUGUACCCAAACUCGACCGACUUCCUGCUGGAGAUAUUCCAGAACGCCGACGACAACGCGUACUCGAGUUCCGUUACUCCAAAGCUCUGGAUCACGUACUUGGACGACGACACACUAAUGUUCGACACCAACGAGAUCGGCUUUCGCCGUGCCGACGUCGAGGGCAUCUGUGGCGUCGGCCGGAGUUCCAAGCAGGAGAAUCUGGCAGAGGUGACUAGGGCCGGCGAGAGGCGAAUAGGCGAGAAGGGCAUUGGGUUCAAGGCCGUCUUCAAGGUUGCGGACGAGGUGUAUGUGAAAUCGGGUUUUUACUCUUUCAAGUUUACCGACAAGGCUGUGCCGGGGGCGCCAGAGGCUUCGCUCGGCAGAGUAGCGCCGGAGUGGGCCAGCUUCCCAGCCCAGGCCCGCCGCAGGGGAGGUACUUCGAUCCUUCUCAAGCUGCGCCGGUAUAUUGACCGCCAGAAGCUUGCCGGGGACAUCAUGAAGCUGGACGCCAAACUACUGAUGUUCCUCAACAGGGUGAAGGAGGUGGAGAUUGAGGCGUUGCGGGAGCCGCGGGUCGUUUUGCGGAGAGAAGACCGGACAGACAGCAGCACCGGAAUUCCCUGCCGGGUCCUAAAGCCGGAUGUGUCAUCGCCGUACAUUCUGUUCCACCACCCGGUGUCCGGCCUUCCAGCGGAGAAGAAGCGGAAGGGGCUGGCCCAGUCGGAGAUGGUCCUCGCCAUCCCGUACGACGGCACCCGGGAUGGCGCUGCACUCACACAGACGCACAAUGUCUACUCGUUCCUUCCCAUCCGGGAUUACGGCUUCAAGUUUGUGCUGCAGGCCGACUUUGUGCUGAUUGCCAAUCGCAAAGAGAUUGAUUCGGGCAGUGAGUGGAACAGGGCGCUGCGUGCCCAGCUCCCGACCGCCCUACUUGGGUUUGUGGCCCAGCUUAACCGUUUGGGUCUCCAGUACCGUUGGCCUUCGCUGUUCCCCAUCCACGACGAGGGGCACGGUUUCUUCCAAGGGAUCAAUGCAAAGGUUCUCGAAGAGUUUUCCCGCAGCGCCAUUAUCGAGUCGAUUGGCGGCAUGUUGGAGUCCGCGUCCCAGUUAUGGCUUGUCCCACACGAGCUGGCCGAUAUUCCCACAGGCGAUGGUGUUGCGCCGGCUCCCAUGAUCCCGCCCGACUUUUCUCAAUUCCGAUAUGUGUCUUCCAGCUACUCUCACGCGACCUGGGAUGGCCUCAGUAACCUUGGGGUGAGAACGCUGUCGGGCGCGAACUUCUUGGAAGCCCUGGGCCACUUCAUUUCGCAUCAUCCACGCCAAUUUUACGCCAUGCCAAACAGAUGGCACUCGCGGUUAUCGACCAUCCUCGACCAGCUUACCGCCAAACACGAGGGGACGAUCACACGGCUCCGCUUUGUGCCUCUGCGGGAUGGCACUUUCGUGGCCUUGGAUGACGGCCCGGUCCUUUUCCCACUCAAGCCUGGCCCCGGACAGCAGCGCCUCCAAAUCCCUGACAAAAUCGGUCACUCGGUCGUGCACUCGGACGCGGCCGAAGACCCCGCGCGGCGCAAGCUCCUUCUUAAACUCGGCGCCCGCGACGGAAACACGGAGCAGGUGUGCCGGUUUAUUGUACAGGCACACGCUUCGGAAUCUUUCGCGCCAAAAGCCGUUGAGCAGAAGAUACUAAUAGCGCACGCCAAGUUCUUGUAUGAGGCCGGCUGGCUGCGCCGGGGGGUCGAAGACUAUCUUUGGGUUGUUCUCGAGGACGGCGCAACGCGGCAGCGCAGCUCACACGUUUACCUCGACUCGGUCGUGUGCACCAGUAUGAGCUGCAUCGCGGGCCACCACCGCGGCCGAUUCCCCUUUCUCCACGCUAGCUAUCACGCAGCUUUCCCCACGCCCGACCAUCGCGAUUUUCUGGUCCAGGACCUGCAGCUGGCCGAGAUCCCCCGGUUGGUUAACCCGGGCGAUACAGCGGCCAAAUUCUCGCUCAGCGCCGACUUUCGCUUCCUCAUGGACAACCUAGCCACGGCCGAGAUGCUGGAGCUGCUCCGCCACAACUGGGACUACUACAGUUGCUGGGUCGUUUCGCCAAACACCUUGCCCAUGGCAGCGAACGAGGUGCUGGGGCAGGACAGCGGCAAACCCCACGAGUGCAUCAGGGAAGCCAUCGCGUCCAUGCCCGUCCAGCUCCUGGACGGGCGCUUGGCCAGACUCGGCCAGACCUGCCUCCCGCGCGAGGAUGUGCUGGCAGCGUUUGGGCCGGUCAAACCGCCUGUUGGAGCAGCAGGCGUGGCGAAUGCUAGGAGCACUAUCACAAUGGGGGGCUCGCUGGGUGAGCGCGCAUUCGCGGCCCUCUCGGUUCCGGAGCUAGACUCGCCUACGUGGGACAUGCUCGAGCUAUUCGAUGUUGUGGUCCGGGUCGGACCCAAGGAUUUUGUUCGCCGGCUUCAGCAACUACGGCAAGGUAACCCGACGCAGGAGGAGGUGGCGAUCGUUUACGAGAGGAUCGAGAUGAGCGCCCGGAAGGGCAAGAUGAUCAAGGCACUGCAGGCUCUAUUUCGACGAGAAAACCUGGUGUUCCUCCCAAGCCACUCACCGGCGUGGGUCGCGCUCAACGACUGUCUGUGGGAGGCGCCCAAGGCGCUGAAGAAGACGCCGCAGCUGAAGGAGCACUACCCCGAGCGGUGGUGGCUGUUUUGUAGGGUGCUGAAUAUGACCACCACGGCGUCCCUCACCGCCGCCAUUGAGGAGGCCAAGCGCAUUAGCAAAUCAGACUCGCUCCGUUACAUCCGAGCGCUGCUCCGGCACAUUAGCAAGCUCGCCGGAAAGACCGACUCGCCACGCAACGAGCUCCAGGCCCUGCGCGAGUGUGCCAUCCUGCCCGUCUGGGCUGGGAUGCCUCGCGAUGGGUUCGACUACCUCAGCCCGCCGUUAGGGUGGAAGCGGACGAACGAGUGCUAUAUCGCCGACAAGCCGUAUCUGCGCGAGUGCUUCCAGGGACGGGCGCCGCUGCUUGCCUUUGACAGCCCAGAUGUUGAAAAAAUCGACAUCUUGCUGGUAAGCCUGGACUGCGGGGACCGCAAGCUGUCCAAGCUCGUCCGUAAGAUCGAGCCUGGCGCGAAAGGCAAGGCGAGGUCCGACGACGAAUACACAAAGUACAUGCAGGAGCGUGUCAGGUGUAUUUUAUGCUUGAUCCCCAAAGAAAACCCCAGCAGGGCAUGCCUUAAAAGGCAGCUGGCAGGCGUACAGGUAUUUCGGGUCUGCAAGAUUGCAGUGGUUUGGGAGUUCACCAACCGGUGGGGUGUGGUGAGGAAGGGCACACCAGAGCGAGCCGACGCCAUGCUGGACGACACGGAGGCAGACGUGCUCAAGGUGUACCUUGAGGAGAAGGUGGUGAUAGGCAAGUCUUCGGUCAAGCUCGUCAAAGAGCUGAAGGCGCUCUGCGGAAUCGCCGACAAUUUGGGGACUUGGCUUUCCCACAUCCUGGUUUCGGAAAACCUCCAGGAGCUUGAGCAGGAUCUGAUGCGCGAGGGCCUGUUGGUGCCGGUUGACGAUGACGACGAGCCGGAGUGGGCCGCGCAGCGCGAGGGCCUGCCGGUGUCGGACGAUAACGAUGAUGACGAUGACGAUGACGACGGUGACGAUGAUGGCAGGCCGCAGUGGACCGUACAGCCGCAGCCCGAGGGCCGUUUCGGCCGCGAAGAUGGAGGUCGGCGGGAAGGCGUGACGGCUUUAACUGGUUCCAAGGCCGGCCCGCACGGCGACGGCAAUAGCCCCACCGCUACGGGUGAAGGGCGAAGGGAUGCCUUGGAAAUGUUACAACUUCUCAACAAGCUACUCCGAGACGUACAGUCUCGAAACGCACGACUGACAGCGGCGCUUCCUAGCCCCAAGGCGUAUCCGGGCCGGGUCUCGUCGGACAGGGUUUACAACCCAAACCUACCGAGGAAUAAGGACUAUUACGGAAGCGGUGUGCAGUCCGUGAGGAUACCGAUGGCGCCGUUUGAGCGUAUCUAUGAGGAUGAGGAAUGCCGCUUUACGGCGGAGCUAUACGUCAGUGACUUUCUCGCAAGAACGUUCCCGGAGGACUACACCCCACAGAAGCAUUGGACGAGCCACAUGCGCGGCCGGGCGGGCCACAAGCCGGUCCGGGGCUCGCUGGACACUUGCGUCUCGACCUUUACUCUGGACGACUCAAGCGGGCGGCUCAAGCAGUUUCUGGAGCGCCACGGGCACCACCGGGCCCAGUCUCUCGCUGACGGUUCCAAGUUCCACAUCCAAGUCGUGUUUUCUACGGGGUCGGCCAGCGCGUCUUUUGAGCUGGAGGCAGCCCAAGUCACCAAGGCCGAGGCCCUCACUCUAUCCUCCUGCACCGAUAAGAGGCCGCAUUCGGAGAUGUACCUGCUCGCCUUCGUCUACGAUCUUCGGGCGCAGCCGACCAUAGCGCUGUUCGCCGACCCCUGGCAGAUCAAGGUUGACGGCGCCCUCGCUCUCAAAUCGCACAGCAAGUACGAGGGCCGCUUUCACGGGACACCCCCCGUGCUCUUCGCCGCGCGAGGUCACGAUGAUGGCGACGGCCCCAGUCGAGCCGCCACCCCAUCUCCUGACCACGACCAACAACCGCAGCCGGCCCCCUACCAAUACAAACACCUUCAGCACGGCGAAAUCCGUGUCCUCCACCUCGACGCCAACGUGGACCCCUCAGCCCCCUUGACCGGCUCGAUCCAGCACAUCCGCCUCGACGCCCAUGCCCCUCCCUCCUUCUGGGCAGUCUCUUACGUCUGGGGUAUCUCCAACGCCUCUGAUGCGCAACACUCGCUGCAAAUCCCGUCGGGUGAAACCAUCCAGCUCACCCUCUCGCUCUCGCUGGCGCUGCGCGCCCUCCGCAGCAAGGGCGCCGUGUCCGCCCCUCUCUGGGUAGAUGCGAUAUGCAUCAACCAAUCCGAUCCGCGCGAGAAGGCUGUGCAGGUGCGCGCGAUGCGGGACUUGUUUGGGCUCGCGGAGCGGGUAGUGGCGUGGCUUGGGCCCGAGUACGAGGGGGGCGCGAGGGCGGUGGAGGCGGUCAAGGCCGCGGCAACGAAGGAGCGGGUUGCGGACCUAGGGGCUUUGUCUUCGUUAUUGAAAAGGCAGUGGUUCGCGCGGACGUGGGUUGUGCAGGAGCUGGUCCUCGCACGGGAGGUGGUCCUCAUGUGCGGGACAAAGGCCGAGGUCGGGUGGGAGGAGUUCUUUGAGGGCUUGGUCGCGUGCGAGGCGUCGCUGGGUGGUGGCGGGCUGUUGAGGCAUGCCGGGCCGGCAUACGCGCUCGGGCUGGCGCGGCACAGGAGGCAGAUGGGCCGGGGACCGGGGCCGGGACUGUUGGAGCUUCUAGAGCUGUUUUCCCACACGCGCGCGACCAGGGAGGUCGACAAGCUCUUUGCCAUGCUGGGGUUGGCCGGGGACGUGGAAAGCGAGGCGUUCGACCCGGACUACGACUCGUCGCUUGAAGAGGUGGUGCGGCGCUAUGCCGAGGGCUUCGUGGCCAACGGGCAGGCCUUGGAGCUGCUGUACCGGGCCGGGUCGACCAAGUCGUACCCCUUCUGCUCGUGGAUCCCGCGCUGGACGAGCGGCGACUUCCCGCCCACCAUCUCGACGUGGGCCGCGGCGGGUGGUGAGUUCCAGGCCGGGCACCGCGUGCCGCCGUCGGUGGAGCUGCUGCCCUUUCCAGGACGCCUGCGGGUGUGCGGUUUCCUUAUAGACACGGUCCAUCGGACGCAAGCGAUACGCACGGGCAACGGCCUGAUGCUUCACGACACGGCGCUGCUGGGCGACUUCCGGCAGCUCCUGAGCUACUACUCGGAGGGCUACCCGACGGGCGAGACGGCCGAGGACCUACUACUGCGGCUGCCCAUCGGCGACGCGCGGCGUCCGUACUUUGAGCACGCCGACCGGCGGCAGUCGUGCCGCGACGUCGUCGCCCGGACCGGCGGCGCCGCGACCGAGGAGGGGACCAAGGGCACCACCACCACCACCACCGACUCGGAGUGGCCGGCGGGCCUGCGCAGCGCCGUGCUCGGCGGACUGUGCGUCGGCGGCCCGCGGGGCAGGCCGCAGGAGGAGAGCAGCCCGACCGCGGAUGCCGUGGCGCAGGCCACCGCCUUCAGCUACUGGUGCACGGCCGCGGCCUUCUCGAACCGGCUCGGCGGGGCCGUCCUUUGCGGCACCGAGAGGCGCUACGUGGGGCUCGUGCCGAGGGCGGCGCGGGCGGGCGACCGCGUCUGCCUCCUGCACGGCGCCAGGGUCCCGUUCGUGCUACGGCCGGUCGAUGCCGCCAAGGGCGCGUACCGGCUGAUCGGGGAGGCAUAUAUCCACGGCAUAAUGCACGGCCAGGCCGUGGGGCAGGGGUUAAAAGACGAUGAGUUUGUGCUGUCGUAGGUGCGCAAAGGGGCGGUUGGGUUUUUGGCUUGUUGUGACCACUGGAGGUGGCAAGCUCGACCUGGGCAAGGAGGGCAAAGCACUAACGCGAUUUACAGCGGUGCAAUCCAGGAAACCCUCCCAUGUUUAGCACCCAUUUAGUUGCCUGCCAUGCAACGCUCUUCCAUUCCCCG